ACUGACCUGACACACUGUGGAUGUGGUACGUGUGGAGCUGAAGGAGGAGACCUCCCUGCUGGAGUAAAAGUUUGGAGAGCAUUAAAAAGAGGCUGUGAGCUUUAGCUUCUGGAAGAUAAAUUGGAGUGAGCUGACAGAGAAAGACGUAGAAACUCCAAAACCAAAGGAAAUUUACAGCAGAUAUGAAAAGCCACACUGUGACUGCAUCUGUGGCUCUGCUGGCCCUUUGCUGCCUGCUGAUUCCCAGAGGAGGGAGGAGUGCCGGGGGAAUAGUUUCUCUCCUGCAGGAGAAGCAGUCAGAGGAUCAGCUUGGAGACAAGUCCCUGGAUGACCCAGAAAGCGAGCAAGAACUUGCAGCGGACCCACACCCACUGAGAAGCAGCAUCAAGGCCAAGAGAGAAACAGAAGGGACCCCACAGGCUGGCAUUUUAAGCAGGCUAAGAAGAGCACCGGAGGAAGGCAAGAAGAAAAAGAAGGACAAAAAGAAGAACAAAGAACCAAAGGACCCAAAUGCUACCAAAAAGCCCAAAACUGACAGGAAGGGAAAGAAGAAAGACAGGCAGACAACAACCACAACCCUCCCACCCACCACAACAACAAUCCCAACAGAACCACCCACUGAGCCCCCAGCUGAGCCUGACUACUACCCCGACUCUGACGACUACUGGAAAUCAGAUGACGACUACUGGGGGGUUAACACCACUCCAUCUCCAAGCACUGAGCCUCCAUAUGAGUUCUGGAACCCGGAUGAGGAGGACCCAGCUGAGCCAGUGACCGAAGUCUACGAUGACUACUGGAAAGCUUUCGAGGAGGAGCAAUCAACCUCACCGCCCAACGUCUACGAUGACUACUGGAAAGCUUUCGAGGAGAAGCCGUCGACCUCACCGCCCGACGUCUACGACGACCUCUGGAAGGAAGAUGAGAAGGAACCGUACCCUUCAGUAACUGAUAACUAUGACACCUACUGGAAUGAGGCGGACCCGACUCCUGGGAGCCCUGCUGUGGAUGGGAAGACUGGGACAGGCGACAGCGAUUACUGGGAUGCAACAGUUGAACUUCCUGAUAAUCUCCCAUUUCCCGACGGUGAAGAGGUCAGCCCUGAGAUCAUAGUUGAAGCCCUCCCAGAAGAACCCACAACCUCUGUUCCAUUUGAGAAAAACUGGUAUGAUGACUAUGAUGAAUACGGAAUAAGGAGGAAGGACUACGACACCGAUGAGAAGUGGAUCGAAAAAGAAAGAGAACGGGCCAAGGAGGAGAGGGAGAGGGAGGAGAGAGAACGAGCACAGAAACUGAAGGAGGCGGAGGAGCGAGCCAGGAACAGGCCGCGCGUUUAUAAAGAACCAAAGAAAUGUCCUCCACUAGGGAUGGAGUCCCAUAAGAUUGAGCCAGACCAGCUCACAGCCUCCUCCGUGUCUCAGUAUUGGUUCUCUCCUCAGAGGGCACGCUUAAACAUCCAGGGUUCAGAGGAUGAGGACAACAUGAGAGGUGGAGCGUGGUGCGCAAACUCAGAGGACAAGAUCCACUGGUUUGAGAUCGACGCUCGCAGGGAGACUGAGUUUACUGGAGUUAUAACUCAAGGGCGAGACUCUCUGAAUGAGAGCGACUAUGUGACGUCCUACUUCCUGGCUUUCAGCAACGACAGCAGAGAAUGGACCACCAUUCAUGAUGGAUACGCAGACUGGCUGUUCUUUGGAAACAGUGACAAAGACACCCCUGUCAUGAACCGGCUUGCAGAGCCUGUACUGGCACGCUACAUCCGAAUCAUCCCUCAGAGCUGGAACGGCUCUCUGUGCAUGAGGCUGGAGGUCCUCGGCUGCCCUCUGCCUGAUCCAGGACAUGUUCUGCACAGACAGAAUGAGGUGACUCCUGUGGAUUACCUGGAGUUCAAACACCACAGUUACUCAGAGAUGGUUGAACUCAUGAAGUCUGUGCACGAGGAGUGCCCCAACAUCACCAACGUUUACAGCCUCGGCCGCAGUUCUCAAGGACGGGAAAUCAUGGCAAUGAUCAUCUCUGUAAACCCCAAUGAGCAUGAAAUAGGUGAGCCGGAGUUUCGCUUCACAGCCGGCCUCCAUGGAAACGAGGCGGUGGGGAGAGAGCUGAUCCUGCUGCUCAUGCAGUAUCUGUGCAAAGAAUACAAAGACAGGAACCCCAAAGUCCAGCGGCUGGUGGAGGGAAUACGCAUCCACGUGGUGCCCUCCCUCAACCCAGAUGGGCACCAGAAAGCUUUUGAGGUGGGCUCAGAGCUCAGCAGCUGGACCACGGGGCACUUUACUGAGGACGGCUUUGAUAUCUUCCAAAACUUCCCGGAUCUGAACAGCAUCUUGUGGGAGGCUGAGGAUAAGGGCAUGGUGCCUAAACUCACCCCCAAUCAUCAUGUUGCCAUACCAGAUAACUUUGAGUCAAAUACAUCGAUUGCUAUGGAAACCAGAGCCAUAAUCUCCUGGAUGAAAAACUAUCCAUUUGUGCUGGGUGCAAACUUCCAAGGCGGAGAGUCAAUUGUGGCCUAUCCUUAUGACAGCUUAGGUAUCAACAAGCCGGUCGACAGCCAGCAAGCCCGCAGCCGCAAGAAGAGACAGUAUGAGGAAGAAGGUUACGAUGUGACAGAGUGGGGAAGGGGAUACCAGGAGGAGCCAGAGGAGGACUGGAGAACUCGAGGAUAUGCACAGCCGGAGGACGAGUGGAGGGGUCAUGGGUAUGACAACGGAUAUGAGCCCGGAUACGACCACGGCUACAGCCAUGGUUAUGGCCACAGGGAGGAAGAGGAGGACGAUAGAGGGCAGGGGGGUGGAUACCAGUACGCUGAACCUGAAGACGAGCCCAGGGUGACUCCAGACGAGUCCCUUUUCAGGUGGCUGGCCGUGUCGUACUCCUCCACACACCACACCAUGUCGCACAACUACCAUGGAUCCUGCCAAGGAGGUACCCCCUCAGGGGGGCUCGGCUUAGUCAACAGGGCAAAGUGGAAGCCAGUCACUGGGAGUAUGAAUGACUUCAGCUAUCUUCACACCAACUGUUUCGAACUCUCCAUAUUCCUGAGCUGCGAUAAAUUCCCCCAUCAGAGUGAGUUGGCACAGGAGUGGGAGAAAAACCGAGAAGCAAUGCUCACCUUCAUGGAGCAGGUGCAUCGUGGCAUCAGAGGCGUUAUUAAAGAUCAGCAGGGGAAUCCUAUCGCAAACGCCACAAUAUCCGUGGAGGGGAUUAACCAUGAUGUCACCUCAGCCCCAACAGGGGACUAUUGGCGACUGCUGAACCCGGGAGACUACCAAGUGACAGCGAAGGCGGAAGGCUUUUCCUCUGAGACUAAACUCUGUGUGGUGGGCUAUGAACCUGGAGCCACUGCCUGCAGCUUCAACCUUGCAAAGUCCAACUGGGAUCGUAUUAAACAGAUCAUGGCCCUUCAUGGGAACAAGCCCAUUCGACUCAGUUACAGCAGCUCCAGAGUGCUCUACCCUCCAGGCAGCAGUAUCAACAGACUUGUGACAGAUGUCAGCGGCAGGAAUCCUUCAAACUUAAGUCCUGAGCGAAGGAGGAGGCUCAUGCUCAGACGCAUCCGCCGUCUGCGGCAGCAGAAGUUGCUGAGGUUGAGAUCGACGACGAUGCCCACGACGACAACGACUACAACAACAACAGCGGCGACAACAGCUCCCACUACGUCGUGGUACGACUCGUUUUCCUUCGGGGAGGGAGAAUCCUUCACACCUGGCCUGGAUUACAACUAUGAGUACAAGAUCGACGACUACUAAAGCCACAGGUUUAUGAUCCUAGCUCUUUGUGGGUCAAUCCAAUUUUCCAUAACAGAAAACAGUGAAUUUUCACAUAACUACAGUAAUAAUAAAACAUGUUACCAGAAAGAUCCGUUCGGUCCAGAGUCUGCGCUGUUAUUUUUGCUCCUUUUGUAAAAUGUAUGCUUCAUGGAAAGAUGUUUAUUGUGAACUUACAUUAAAAACAAACAGCUGAAUUAUUUA